AAUCGAACCAUGAAGUACCGCAUGCUGAACAAACGCAAGCAGGCGACUCCUUCGCCAGUGAGAGAUUCCGGGGUGGAGGACGUUUCCCUGGCCAGUCACAGUUCCCUGGAGAUGGAGGCUGCUACAGCUCUCCUGCUGCUCCGCUACCAAUACGAUCGCCAAGUCUGUAAUGACAUUAUGUCAUACACGGAGACACGUUCGCCAACUCCUCCGCCUGCGGUUGCUGAUAAUACAACGCCAAAAGAUCAGACGGUUCGUCCACCAGUCGCCAGCCAGCCAUUGAAGAAGCGCUCCAUACCAUCACACCUCCUCAGAAGAUCUAUGACUCCGGCCAAAUCAGAGAGUUCGGUGAUCAGUAAAUCUAUAGUCAAGGCCAAAACAAGGACUCCGAUUCCCAACAACGAGCGAAGCUGCAACAAAUCCUUGCUCAAGUCCUGCCGAAAUAUGAUCCGCGAGUUCUUGGACAAUCAGGAACUCAUCUAAUAACAACAAAUUGUGAGAUUUAAGAAAUCUUUUAAGUGAAUAACGAUCCAAUGAUUUUUAACAGUGAACUUUGAAUAACGCAAAUGAUAAUUUACCGCCCAGUUCAGAUCAAAUGAUAAAUAACAAAGGUGAUCCCCACGUAUCUCGGAUUUCACUUUUCAAUUUAUUUAUUGCAUAUAAAUUUGUUUCCUUUUUUUAUACAUAUAUAAAUUAUGUAUUGAUCGAAAAUUAAAGUUUUCAAUGGAAGAACAGGUAUUGUGGCGACACUAGAGUGCUAAUUAUUAGCUAUUGGCGGUGUUUAAACUUAAGGUGUACGAAAAACAAAUAGAAAAUUAUUCAUUACCAUAAAUCUACUCAAUAAUUAAUAAUUACAGUUGCACUACUGGCUAAAUGUAUGAACGUGCAUUGAUGAUAUCUCUCCUUAAUCCGCUUCAUUCUGUUUAAUAUAAUUAAUAAAGUGCUUCAAAUGUA